CAUCAAUCGCGUGAUUCCCCCGAUGAUAUUGACACUCAUAAACAUUUUCAAAAUUUGGGUGACUAAUCACUCGUGUUGGGACACCAGCAAUGAGGCACAAAAAACUGGUGAAGUUAUUUAUGACCUCUUCAAACCAAAUGCGAAAGAUGAACGACUGCAAAAACAGAUCCAUGAAUUUUCCGUACAGAUUAUUCAGAACCCCGUGAAAUUUGAUGCCUGUGGCUUCUUCGCCAUGGAUUACACAGCUGUUCAAAGCGUAAUUAGCUCGAUAACGACAUAUCUUGUAAUCCUUAUCCAAAUGAGCCACUGA